UUUACCACAAAACUUUUCUCAAAGAACACCCAAAUACUCAUUUGGCUCAUUUCAAUCGGGAUCAGGAGAUGGAAAUUUUAAGGGUCUCAACACUCAAACCCACACUUCACAUCUUAGUGCUUCUAUGGUUGCUGCAGGAUUUCAACUUGGUCAAUCAUCGAUCACUCCUAUGAACAACAACAACAAAGGCUUAAUGGCAUCGACACAACAACCGAGGCCUACAACUAGUGUUGCUGCUGGAAAUGCGUCGUCAUUUAAUCAGCAAAACAUUGUUGACAUUGCAAAUGGAAACCAGAAUACCACCACAAUUAGGCCAUCUCGAUCGAUUUUAAACAUGUCAAUGGGAGGCGGAAGAAGUGGUAGGGGCACCAUGCAACUAGUUCAUCAGCAAAAUCUAAUGAGGUGGAGAAACAAUGGCCAAAGUGCUGGACUACUUAAUACCAGCACUGGCCCUAUCUACGAAAGAGGUAACUUUCAGAGGCAGAAUAAUAAUGCAUAUGUGGCAAAUAUGGGAACAACUUCAACCAUCGGUUCAUCAUUCGUUGGUAAUUCAGCCCAACCCUCUACCCUCAAUUCAACCAACUUUACAGGAAUUCAGAUUAUCAAUGACAACACCAACUCUCGUGGAACACUACAUAUUGGUCCUAUGGUUAGUACACCCUCAAAUGACAACAACAUAGACAACAUGGACUAUAGCUUCACUAACAUGCCAACAUCAUCAGUGAUGGAAGUACCUGGUCUUGUUCAUAAAUCCCCCGCCAUGCAAUCAGCUUAUUCUGUAAUCGAAGAACCAAACUCAAACCCUGAUUACCUGAACACCGAACCAUCCUCAGUUGCGGCAGUGGAAGUUUCUAAUCCGAUCCCUCAACCACCUUCCAUGAAUACUAAUGGUUUUACUGUUCCUCAAGAUAAAGCUUCUUUUGGAGGUGGCAUAAUUCCGAAUGCAAAUCAUCAAUCCAUUUCCCCACAAGAAGAAACUCAAGUACCAACUGUACCAGUGACACCAGCACCAUUGGUACAAGAGGCGCAACAACCGGAGCAGGCUGGGAAAGACGAAGAAGAUCCAUUUGAAGGAUUAUAUGAUCUAUUAAGGAACGAUUCUAGCCUUGGAAGCUCACUUCCUCCUUUAAUGGAAAAUGAGGAUUUUGCACAUUACUUCCAGGAUUUCGAGCAAUCUAAUAUUGAUCAGGGGGCAAUAUAUGGUGGGAAGGAUUUUCUCAACCCCGACUUCGAUACAAGUGCGUGUGAAGUGAAUAAUGGUGGCAAUGACGGGAUAUCCCAGUUGUAAUUGGUUCAGAUAUCCAUGGAGGUCGAUGGCACCACAAGUCAUAUGCUUGUAUCAAUGAUGGAUCCCGCUGUGCAUUCAGCCGUGGAGAAGCUUUCUAGCUAUAUUCAGACAUCUUAAUGGAUCCGGCUGUGCAUUCAAGAUUAUAAUCUUAGUAGUUAUUUCUUGAACCUAUUUGUGUUUGUUAUCUUAAUUUGAACCAUUUUAUUUAGUCAUGUGGUUUGUGUCUGUGACUUCAAUA